AGUAUAAUAUGGGUAUUAACAAAAUCCAUCCUUGAAAAAAUAAUACUACAGACUACAGUCUAUUCUUCAGGUUUUCCAUUACCAGUCACUGUCGGUAAACGUAAACCCUUGAGGACAACCCACACACUCUCCUUAGUCCUUUUAUUUCUUUGCUUCAGCUUCAAUGGUGCAGGGUUGGAAAUGGAGUAGAAGAAGGUCUUACUUUCCUCUGAUUUCCCUAAUUUUUAUGGUUUUAUUAACUGUUACAAUUCUCUUCAAUGAAUUCAAAAUUCAUCAAUUCCAACACCCAGAUCAUGACCCCCAUCUUCAACAUACCCACAACUUCUUUCCAAUUGAGUUGGAUAGAUUCACUACUUGCAGCUCCACUGUAAAGUAUAAUGGUGGGAAAGUGGGGUGGAAUGGAGGUGACCGGCUUUUGCCGGUUUCGGGUGGUGUGAAGGAAUGUGAUGUGUUUUCAGGGAAAUGGGUGUUUGAUAAUGCUUCAUAUCCUCUUUACAAUGAGUCACAUUGUCCAUACAUGUCUGAUCAGUUAGCCUGUCAUAAGCAUGGAAGACAUGAUUUGGGCUACCAGUAUUGGAGGUGGCAGCCUAAUGACUGUAACUUGAAGAGAUGGAAUGUUACUGAAAUGUGGGAAAAACUGAGAGGAAAAAGAUUAAUGUUUGUGGGAGAUUCACUCAAUAGAGGGCAAUGGAUCUCCAUGGUGUGUUUGUUACAGUCAGUGAUUCCAGCUGAGAAGAGGUCUAUGUCCCCCAAUGCUCAUCUUACUGUCUUCCGAGCUGAGGAUUAUAAUGCCUCCAUUGAAUUCCUAUGGGCUCCGUUACUUGUUGAUUCGAAUUCCGAUGACCCUGUAAAUCAUAGAUUAAAUGAUCGGAUAAUUCGUCCAGAUUCAGCUCUAAGACAUCUUUCCAAAUGGGAGAAUGCUGAUAUACUCGUGUUCAAUACGUACUUAUGGUGGAGACAAGGGCCAGUUAAGUUGUUGUGGAGUAAAGAAGAAAAUAGAGUUUGUGAAGAGGUGGAUGGUCGACCAGCCAUGGAGUUGGCCAUGAAAACCUGGGCUAACUGGGUGGAUUCUAAUGUCAAUCCUCUUGAAAAGAGAGUGUUUUUUGUUACCAUGUCACCAACUCAUCAGCGGAGCCAAGAGUGGAAUCCAGAAAGUGAAGGAAACUGCUACAACGAGAGUAACCCCAUUACUCGGGAGAAUUACUGGGGAAGUGAUUCUGACUUGCCAACAAUGAGCAUGGUGGACAACAUCCUUAGCCAAUUAGGUUCAAAGGUCACAGUUCUCAACAUCACUCAGCUUUCUGAGUAUCGAAAAGACGGGCAUCCUUCUAUUUAUCGCAAGUUUUGGGAAACGCUUAGUCCUGAACAAUUGUCAAAACCUGAGUCCUACUCUGAUUGUAUACAUUGGUGCUUGCCUGGUGUACCUGAUGUAUGGAAUGAACUGCUCUUUCAUUAUUUGUAAAUUGUAACAGAGAUACAGGGAAUUGUAAUUAGCACAUUACAUUGUCAAGUUUAUCUUAACCUGAAAUUUAAAGAUGAGUAUUUGACACUUUCACUUUC